UGGAUUAGAAACCAUGUAUCUCUCUCUUCCCUCCACACACACAGUUUCACUGUUUCAGUCACCUUUCCACGUUUCUUUCUCUUCCCUCUCCCGCUCCCUUUCUCUGCGUCUGGCUUCCAUGGAUGUGAAUUUAUCUGCAAAAGCCCAGAAUCUAACCUUGAUCUCCUGUUUUACUAUCUCUUCGUCCUACUCUUCUUCUUCUUCUUCUUCGACUUCGUCACCUCGAUUUUGUUCUCUUCGAAGAGAAUUUCUUGGCUCUUGUGACCGCUUGAGGUUUCCUGGUGCUCGUUCUCGAAGGAAAUGCAAGAAAUUAGGGUUUCUGAUUCAAUCCCCCCGACUUCUCCCCAGAGCGUCUUUGUAUUCAAAACCGUUUCUUGUCAUUGUCGCUAUCGCCACUUUCUCGGCCCUUACUGUAGUUUAUUCAGUUCAUACCAGAAGAAAGAAGGAUGCGCAAGAGUCUUCAGGUACCCAAGAUCCUGACGAAUUUCAGAAUCUUGCAUUAUCCAAACAAAGCAGAGAUUUCACUAAUCAGAGUGUUGAUAAUCAGAUUCUGGAUCUUGAAAAAAUUAGUGAUGGAACCCCCGCAGAAGAAUUAAAAGCUAUAUUUGAAGAAACCAGUGAGAAGGGGCAUAAUAAUUUAGAGAAAGAGGUGCAGUUGUCCCAGUUUAAGAAAACUGCUUUGAUGUUUGAAGAAAGCCCCUUCACUGAAGCAUCAGAGUUAUCAUAUUCUGUUUGCAGUACCAAAAGUUCUAUUUUGACAAAGGAAACAGAAAGCAUGGAUCCAACUCUUUCAUCUCCUGUACUUGGUGAAUCAGCUUCUGGAGAAAAAGUACGUUUUGCAAAGGAUAUGCCAGAGUUGGUGUUAAAAGGAUAUCAAGAGGAAGCUGUUCCAUGGUCUGAAUUGUCUGGGCUACUGGUUGACCCUAAAUCUAGUUCUGUCAUUCAUUUAAAGCAUGUGCCUGCAGAAGUAAGUCAAGAACACCAAUUCAAGAACGAAUUGGAUGAUGAAGGUGAAGUUCAAGUUUCCACAUAUAAUGGCUUCUUCAGGCCAUCUUUCAGAGAAGAAAUUCACACAUUUUAUGAAGAAAAUCAGUCAGGAGUGAGGUCUAUAUCAAACUUCAGUAGUCUAAAAACAGUGCCUCCUCAUAUUUCCUUGAACAGUAACAGUAACUUUUCUUCAUUGUUAAGGACUAACAUGCUGAGCGGAGCAGAAGUGUCAGAAGGCUUGCAUAAUACUACAGAUUAUCAUGAAAGAAAAAUGCCUCUUUCAUGUUAUAAAGAAGGUUCUUGUCAUAGAAGAAAAGACUUUCGAAUAGGCAAGGGAUUUCCAAGAGAUACAGGGAAAAAACUUACACCUCAGAAUGGUGACAGAAAUUUACACCAUCCUCAACCAAAUGGUUUGCAUGUCAGUGAUAGAAAUGAUAUAUCAGGGUCUAUUGAUGCUUACAAUCGCUUGCUAAGUGAUGGAAGGGUAACUGACUGUGUAGAAUUGCUAGAAGACCUGGAAAGAAAGGGUUUGUUGGAUAUGAAUAAGGUAUAUCAUGCAAAAUUCUUUAACACUUGCAAAAGUCAAAAGGCUGUCAAUGAAGCUUUUCGUUUUAUAAAGCUGAUUUCUAAUCCAACCAUGAGUACAUUCAAUAUGCUUUUGUCUGUGUGUGCGAGUUGUCAAGAUUCAGAUGGAGCUUUCCAAGUUCUGCAAUUUGUCAAGGAGGCUGGACUUAAGGCUGACUGCAAACUUUACACUACUCUAAUAUCAACUUGUGCUAAAAGUGGGAAAGUUGAUGCUAUGUUUGAAGUCUUUCAUGAAAUGGUUAAUGCUGGAGUAGAACCAAAUGUUCAUACAUAUGGAGCAUUGAUCGAUGGCUGUGCUAGGGCUGGUCAGGUGGCUAAGGCUUUUGGUGCCUAUGGAAUAAUGAGAUCCAAGAAAGUGAAGCCUGAUCGAGUUGUAUUCAAUGCACUUAUCACUGCAUGUGGUCAAUCAGGAGCAGUGGAUCGUGCUUUUGAUGUCUUAGCAGAAAUGAGAACUGAGAACCAGCCCAUAGACCCAGAUCAUGUCACUGUUGGUGCUUUAAUAAAGACGUGCACACAAGCUGGUCAGGUUGAUCGGGCACGAGAAGUAUACAUGAUGAUCCAUGAAUAUAACAUCAAGGGCACCCCUGAUGUUUACACUAUUGCUGUUAAUAGUUGCAGCCAGACGGGUGAUUUGGAUUUUGCACUGAAUAUCUACAGUGACAUGAGAAGAAAUGGCGUCGUUCCUGAUGAGAUGUUCCUCAGCGCUUUAAUAGAUGUUGCCGGGCAUGCUGGCAAGUUAGAUGUUGCCUUUCAAAUCAUAGAGGAUGCCAAAAAACAAGGAAUGCAACUUGGAAAUGUAUCAUAUAGCUCAUUGAUGGGAGCCUGCAGCAAUGCAAAAAACUGGCAGAAGGCACAGGAACUAUAUGAGAAUAUUAUGGCCAUUAAAUUGCAUCCAACAGUCUCAAUGAUGAAUGCAUUGAUCACUAGCUUAUGUGAGGGGAACCAACUGCAGAAGGCUGUUAAGGUUCUAGAUGAAAUGAAGGAAAUAGGCAUAUGCCCUGAAAAUAUUACAUACUCCAUUCUUUUGGUAGCUUGUGAAAAGAAGGAUGAGCUAGAAUUAGGCUUCACACUCCUUUCUGAAGCCAAGAAGGAAGGCAUUGUCCCUAACCUCAUUAUGUGCAGAUGUCUGACUGGGAUGUGCUUACGGAGGUUUGAGAAGUCUUCUUCAAUGGGUGAGCCUGUUCUAUCCUUCAGUUCAGGAAAACCACAAGUCAACAAUAAAUGGACAUCAUUGGCCUUAAUGGUUUACCGUGAAACAAUUGUAGCUGGUGUCGUACCAACCAUGGAAGUAUUUUCUCAAGUUUUAGGAUGCUUGCAGCUUCCUCGUGAUACUUCUUUGAGAGAAAGACUUGUUGAGAAUCUUGGUGUCAACACCAGUUCUUCAAAACACUCAAGCAUAUAUUCAUUGAUAGAUGGAUUUGGGGAAUAUGAUUCACGUUCUUUUUCUCUACUUGAGGAAGCUGCUUCACUUGGUGUUGUUCCAUGUGUAUCCUUCAAAGAAAGUCCAAUUGUUGUUGAUACAAGGAAGCUGGACGUUCACACUGCAGAGGUUUAUUUCUUAACAAUUUUGAGAGGUCUCAAGCAUCGUCUUGCUGCUGGUGCAAAGUUGCCCAAUGUAACAAUAUUACUGCCUCUUGAGAAAACAAAAUUUAUGUCCAACAAGGGAAAUAGAACGAUUAAUUUGGCAGGAAGGAUUGGUCAGGCCAUUGCAUCCUUGCUGAGGAGGCUACGACUAACCUAUCAGGGAAACGAGUCAUAUGGGAAAAUAAGAAUCAAUGGACUUGCCUUAAAACGAUGGUUUCAACCCAAGCUUGAUUCACCCUUCAGUGGAAAACCGGCAGAGUUGAGCUCAUCGCCAACAAGACUAGGUAAAGGAAUCAGUGACCAGCAGCGCAGCAUCCGAAGUAGUAAAUUAUCAUUGGAAUAAGAUUCUUUCUGCUGAUGCCAACCAGAAAGUAAUUAAGAGAAACGGUCAAAUCUUGUACUCUUCCAAAGAAAUCGAUGCAUCAAAAGGAUCACCCUUGAAGCCAAGGUAUACACUUUACUGCAUCAAGGGCAAAAGAGAAAUUAUUCCUUUCUAUUAUCAUUGGAUAAAGUGGUGGGGAACACGUAUUAAAAAGAGAAUGAAGGGCUUGAAGGGCUUGAAGGGCUUUUGCGCUUUACUAGUAAUAUAGUAAAAGUUCCGUUAGCCCAUUCACCACUGCACACGUCCAGUUUUGUAGCCAGAUCCUGGAUCUCAUGAGAUUAAACCUAUUUUUGUCCUAUAAAAUCUCCAUAUGGACCUGCUUUGCAGUUGAAGCUUAUCUAAAUGUAGCACGUUUAACUAGUUACAACUGCUGCAAACGGUUAUCCUUC